AUGCGCGAGGACUGCCGCCUCCGCCCCGCAGCUUCUUCGUCUUCCUCGCGCAGCGCCUGCAACACCACCGGCCGCCGCCAUCAUCGCCACGCCCCGCUGAAGCUCACCACCGCCUCGCGAGCCAUGGCUUCCUCCUCCUCGCCCAUGCUGAGGACGUCGUCCCCACACCGCGUCCCCCAAGCCUUCUACUUGGCCUCGCACCUGCUGGCCCAUCCGGCCGCCGGACCUCGCCGGCAAGCUAUAACCUCGCCUGCUCUCCACGAGCGUCCGAGGCUUCUCGCCCUGCCGUCCGCACAGCCGCAGCGUGACUCGCGCCAUCACCAAGCUCGCAGACGCCCUCUCCCUCACUCUGUUUCGCUUUUCUCUCGCGCGGCUGUACAAACGAAAUACAGAGAGUUUGCUUCCUCCGCUACUCGGCCAGGCACCCGUGGCCCGCUCGCUCCGACCGGCUCCGGGUCGCCGCCCGUGUGCUGCCUCCCAGCCGCCUCGCUGCCCUGCCUGCCGGUUGCGCGCCAUGGCCGGCUCCUCCUCGUCACCACCACGCCGGCUGGAAGACCCCGCGCGGCCGUGCGGGCUCGCCGCCUCCGCCCGGUUGCGCCUCGCGCGCCCGGCUCGGUGCGCUCGCGACCCGCCCCCAUCCGGCUCCUCCUCUGGCCGGCUUCGCCCGCCCGCCUACUGGCGCGUCAGCGCCCUCAUCACCUCCCGCGCCGACCCCCCGCGUCGCCGUGCCGCCUGCCUGCAUCCCGGACUCCUCCGUCCGCGUGCUGGCCUACAUCGCCCCGCACACCCGAACGCCGACUCCUGCGCCGCGCCGGCUCCACGCGUGCCCGCGUUGCCGGCCUGCCGCCUUCCACGGGCUCCUCCUCCACGGUGCCGUCCGUGCCGACUGCCCCGCCCAUGCGCGCCAGCCUCCACGACCAGCCUCCCGCGCGGCCCAGUCCGGCUCUGCCCGGCCGGCUUCACCCGAGUCACAGCUCCCGUACCGACUCCUCCGCACCGGCUCGUCCGGCUCCGUCCGGCUGCUCCGCCUCAACCGCCCGCAUGCCGGCUGGCCGAGGCCGGCUCCAGCUCCGCGCGCCUGCAUCCGGCCCCAGGGCCGGCCAUCCCGUGCUGGCCUCCACUCCCUCGCGCCGCCUCGUGCCGGCCUCCGCCCCGCCGACCUCCGGGUCGGUUCCGUCCAUGCCUCAGCACCUGCCCCGCCUCGCGGCCUCCUCCGCCUGCGCGCCCCGUGGUCGGCUGCGCCCCGCGUCGGCUCGCGCUUGCGUGGGCCGCUUCCCGCCUUGGCCGUGGGCGGUGGCCUUCGCUGGCCGGCUGCCCAGAGGGCAGAGAGGGGGGGGGCGGCUAGAGCCUAGAAGAGGCCGGCUGAUUAUCCCUUGUCGACUGGUAAAAGAGAGAAAAGUCAACAGCUGCUUCAUGCGGAGAUACAGAAAAAAUGUGUGUGUGCAUCCGGCUUCCCAGAGCCGGGUGAAGAAAAGGCCGGGUGCCCAUGGCCGACUGGCAGAGAAAAGUCACGCCGGGUGCCCAGCCGGCUUACUGAAAAAAAGGAGGAUCCGACUUUGCAGACUGCAGUCAAGCCGACUACUCCGGUCAACAGCCCACGUUGCCGCUGGGCUGACUGGUUCGUCUGCCCGCUUCACUGCCUGGCCGACCGAGGAGUCGAUCCAUCUGAGCACAGCCGACUGAUGAGGAAAAAAGAAGAAGACAAAGUAGUUGCCGGGAGAUCCGGCCCGACUGCUCAGCAUUCGGCCCGAAUCUCGGGGGCUACACCCAGCGGGUGCGCUGACGCGCCCCCGCGAAGAAGAAGACAAAGUAGUUGCCGAGAGAUCCGGCCCGACUGCUCCGCAGUCGGCCCGAAUCUCGGGGGCUACACCCAGCAGGUGCGCUGACGCGCCCCCGCGAAGAUUGCAGACAAGAGAAGAGUUUUGUCCGGCUCCGAGCAGCCGGCGGAAGAGAAGAAGAAGAAGAUAGGCGCUGCAAGAUGCAUCGCCGACUGGCCGGUCGAGCCUGACUGGCCAGGACCCCUUCGAGCACCCGGAGGCUCAACCUCUGUCUCAACUACACGAAAAUCAGUGUGAGCUCCUCACCCGCAUAUUUUUUGCACCACAAGAGCAUGGAUAACCCCGAGUGAUGCUCGGGGGCUAUCUUCACAUUUUAAUUACAGUUGCAUCACUGUUUGCCCCAGCGCCAGCCAGAGUUGGCCCGAGGGUUGGCCGCUUGGCCUGAGAUGUUUGUCCCCGCAGACGGCUUAGUAGCGUGCACGGUACCAAAGGCUCACUCUUAGUCACAAACCGCAUAGCGGCUGUCCGGCUAGCAAGAGUGAGCGCUGGAGGCCACCCACGCGAAAAACGUCCGGGAAGAAAAAUGGUUCGGGCGACCCGGCCGUUUUCCUUUACAAGUAUCUACUCGGUUGAAUCUGCUCCCAGACUCUGAGUACUGUACACUCCACUUCGCGGCCCACUCUCAGCCACAGAACGCAGAGCGGCUGUCCGUCGAGCGAGAGCACAAGCCAAAAAGCGGAGAGAACAUGAAAAAGAUUGAAGGGGGCUC